ACGAAAGACACUGUUACUUUAAACACGACGAUACUCCCCAACAUUGGAAACAAUGUAAAUUGGGGCUAGUUGAGCGAAGUUAAAUAAUUUGCUUUGCAAUUUGCCAAACUCAAUUAGGAAUAAUUUUCAAGUGAUCUACGUUUGAAAACAAAUUAUUUAGCCCGUUAUUAACGGUGUAAUAAAUAGCGAAAUAUACCGUGCACUUACGUUGAAAAUUCGACGGCCAUACAUUCCACUGACAAAAGAGAAAAAAGUUUGUUCAAUGGUAAUAGUUUCAACCGUGAUUAACAUAAUUCAGUAGUGUAUGUAUAUGCUAUUCCUUUUACGUCAUUUUGUUCCACAGUUUAUUGGUUCUUAUGCAAUACCUUCUAGCUGACUCAAAUAUCUUACUACACUCUUCAGCUUCUUCUGAAAUACAUUUGGAGAAGCAAUUUAUCCAAUCAGCGUGUUAGAUUUCCAUUAACGGCAAUAGGCAUUGUGCUAAUGUUAUAUUUACACGAGACAAACGACAGCUGAAGUCACACGGCAUCUUAGAACAGUUUGUAAAAAGGAAACGCGUCUAUCGGAUCGGUGGAAUCGUUAUCGGCAAGGCGAGUUGGGCGAAUUUCGUAUCCGGCUCGCGUGACAGCGGCUUAAGGCGCUAAAAUAGAGCCUGUAUGGCAUCGAUGUAGUCGACACGUCGGUGCCAGAACGCAGUUACGCAUUUAGUCUUUAACUGGAAGCAUCCGCGGCCGGAACAAGCGGUCGCCGAGCCCGUGACCGACGAAAACGCGAAUUUUCCUCGAUCGAACAGCGCGAAUCGUCUCCUCUGGGCGAUCCUUUCGUGGAAAACGAAUCGAUUCGUAGCCGUGAAACGACGAUGUGGUGAAGCGUUUCCGAGGCCAGAGGAUGCAACAAGUGCGUCGCGACGGAGAACAGUUCACGAAAAGGGAAUGUCAUGUAGAAGCUACCUGCGUUGCCAAUUGCGUCCACGAAUCGACCGCCUGAUCUCCGCGCUGCCGCUAAUUACCCUCGCAAUCAGCCUCGAUUCAACUUCGUUUCACGCCUACGAGAUCAUCGUUUGCAACGAAAGGAUCCGCCGUAUGAACGCGACUGUAGAAAAUCUGUGAGUGAAAGUACACACAUCAUAGUAUUCCCUUCGUUCGAUCGUUCUUCUAUAAUCUUCGAUUACUUCAUCGUUCGGUUAUUUCGUCGAUCGGCGAGCUAUACCUAUCAGAACGAGACACGUCUCUGUCCGAUUUUUCAAUCUGUUCGCCGAGUCUUUUGAUGCGUCGGAUCGCACCGACGAGAAUCGAAAAACGCUCGGAGAAAGAGUUCGCGAAUAGAAAUCGAGAAUCCAGGCGAGGUACGGGGAAGAUUCCCGGUGUGGGAUGGAAAUCAAAAGAAACGAGCCUCGGCCGGACGAACUCGAGGAAAAUCCGUUUCUCUGGACGAUCUGUAAAACGGGUGUCCCUCGAAUAUUGGCCACGAGUCUGUUCGCUGUUGGUCGAUACUGCGCGGACCAAUUGCCAAAGAAAAUGGGCCUGGACAGCCUUCGGAUCCUGGCCGCGUUCCUAGUUAUCGUAAUGCCCCGAUCGCUGACUUACAUUCUCCUGUAUCCGAUUUUCAGAUUAGUGUUUGGCAAUUUGUACCCGGCCUACGCUUCGUACAAGGCAGUGAGAACGAAGAAUGUGAAAGAAUACGUGAAAUGGAUGAUGUAUUGGAUCGUGUUCGCGCUGUUCACGUGCGCGGAAACAUUCACCGACGUCUUCUUCAGCUUUUGGUUCCCGUUUUACUAUGAAAUCAAGACUAUCCUGGUGAUCUGGCUGUUGAGCCCAGCCACUAAAGGCUCGAGCAUUCUCUACAGACGCUUCGUUCACCCGGCUUUGAUCCGGCGCGAGGCUGAGAUCGACGAUGCCUUAGCACGCGCGACGGAGCAAGGUUACUCGGCAGUGUUGCACCUCGGAUCGAAAGGUGUGAAUUAUGCUACCACGGUUCUCAUGCAAACCGCUAUCAAGCAUAUUCUGAAGUCAGACCAAAUCAUGGUGACUGAGCUAUCAACGAUCCAAUCGGCCUCGGCCGUUUCUAGCUUGGCCAAGCUUCCAACGACCUCGAAGGAAAAGACGGACCAGAUAGACGCCAUCCACAAACCGAGCACCCCGUCGCACUCAAGCAGUAGCUGCGAUGACUUGAUCCCUGUCGAUUCGAUGCCCAACAUGAGCAACGAUAUGAACACGGACGACGAGCUGGUCGAAAUUGAUCGUGUGGCAGAAGGGGACGUUUUCAAGGCGCCAUCGCCGAAGAAAACGUACAAGGCGCGGAAAACCAGAAAAGGGCGAACCGAGGGCAACUCGAGGCGACUCAGGUCACACGCUAGCAACACUGAUUCCAUAUUCAGCGACGAUGAGUUUGACCAGCAGUAUGCGUCGACCUUGACAGAAUACUGAAACACAGCGUCGUUCUGUGUAUCGGUGGAAAGAUUCACGGAGAAUCGCGAGAAUGGUCCUCGACAGGACGUCGAGACGGAGUGCAAGUUACCGGUUUAAGAUUAACAUAGCGUUCUUACAUUUAUAGAGAUUCGAGUGGAAUGGGUUUUAGGGAAAUUAUGCGUGUGUUUAUUGAAAGUCUUAGAGUGAUUUUCCGUUUUUUUUCUCUCUCUCUCUCUCUCUCUCUCUCUCUCUCUCUCU